AUGGAGGAACACGGCAACGACCAGUAUUUUCAACACGUGGUUUUAAAAAUGCCUUUUUUUCUUCGAGGAAAGCGGCCGGAGUUUAAUAAACACAAGAAAACUUUUAAAGGAGGAAGAAGAACUAAUGAACCACUAGCCAAGAAAGGGAAGUUUACACGAGACCUGGAUGAAGAGAUUACAAGCGAAGAAGAUGAACAGCACUUAAAAGGAAAGCCAAUAAAUGAGGAGGUGGAGGCAGAAGCAGAGGAGACCGCACAAGAGAAGAAAGUGAGGCUGGCUCGUCAGUACCUCGAGGAACUGGAAGCGCAAAAAUUGCAAGACGAAGACGACGAAGUUUAAAACAAAGCCAUUGGUACCCAACUUCGAGAAGACUUACUCGAAGCGUCCGGAAGACUGCGUAAGAAUGUUGCACGCACAUACCUAGAACCCCAGCAAGAGGACAUUCGCAUCUACAAGUCUAAACACCAGAAGCUUUCCAUCACUUGUGUUUGUGUGACCUCUGAUGAGAGAUAUAUCUUCUCUGGUUCCAAAGAUUGUGCCAUUGUAAAAUAUACCCUGGAUGGAAAAAGAAUAGGGAAUAUCCCUGGCGGACGGAAAGGCACAGAAAAUGUACAUGUUGGUCACACGUCUCACGUAUACUCUGUGGCGGUCUCUUCAGAUGGUAAAUUUUUGGCAUCAGGUGAUAAAGAGGGCUACAUACACAUCUGGAAUGCAGACACUCUAGAACAUCUCAAGAAGAAACCCCUUUUACACGCAAUUGUUUCCUCUUCGCACGACCGCAUGGUCAUGGUGUGGAACUUGGACGCAAUGCCAUUUGUGGAGAAUUUAGGUGGUCAUCAAGACGCAAUUACCGGAAUCGACGCAUUCAUGAGAGAAGCCUGUGUCACCAGCGGUGGCCGUGACCAGUCAGUGAUUGUGUACGUGAUCUCCGAAGACAAGCAGCUGAGGUUCUCCGGCCACCAGGAUUCCAUUGAAGGCAUCAAACUAGUCAACGACAAAACAUUUAUCACCUUUGGCCAAGAUGGUGGACUGGCCUUAUGGACAACAUUCAAGAAGCGCCAUCACUGUAUUGUGAAAGCUGCGCAUGGUUACCAGAGUAAUGGACUACCCAACUGGCUGACUGCAGCUGCUGCUCUUGUCAACACUGACUUCCUUGCCUCAGGGUCGAUGGAUGGAUUUGUUCGUUUCUGGAAAGUGGACACUGAGCACCACCGCAAACUGCAGCCUUUGUUCACCAUCGCCGUGCCAGGAGUGAUCAACUCGCUGGCAUUCACAGCCAGCGGAAGCCACCUCGUGGCUGGAGUUGGACAGGAACACAAGUUAGGCAGAUGGUAUCGAGAGACACCCGCCAAAAAUUCCAUCGUUGUCAUUCCUUUAAAAAAGAAAGAAGUGAAAAAAGUAUGAAAGUUUUUAAUGCAAAUUUGCCUUUUUUUCAGUUUUCUUCUCAUUUUUGAUAAAAAAAAGCAUUAAUUGCUUGUAAAAGUUUUAAUAAUAAAAAUUUGACAUGGUAUUAAAUUUUGUUUGAAAAAUAUAUUUAUCUGAAAAAAGUUUUAAUAACAGAUAUCAGGAUUUCAGUAAUUAAAAUUAGGGAGAAAGUACUGAACCCAGAGGAGAUUUACAGCACAUGGGGAAGGGGAGCCAAUGAGGUUUGAUCCAAGGGAAGAGAGGCCCUCCAUAUGCAUCAAGAGCUUGCUGGCAUCAAGGAACCUGCCUUGAGGUCCCUUCAAGGCAGGUUCCUUGAUAGUCGUAAGGGGAUCUUGGUCCAGGGAAUCACUGAACUGGACCUGAUUGUCUCUGAGCCUGCAUUACCCAUGUGGGUUUAGCGCUCCCCCAUGACUAUAUAUAAUUAAGUCGCCCAUAGUAUGACUGUCAUCAAAUUUCUAUAUUUUUUUAUUGCAAUACGUAUAUAAAAAUAUUUCGCAUCAAAUAAAAUUAUAUUGAUA